CACCAACUGCGCUCCCGCGGCCGCGACCGGGGACGCGCACGGCGCGUGGGAAGAGGCUGCGUCGCGGGGCAGGGACCUCCAGCGCCGCCGGGGCCCCUUUGACGCACGGGUUCGAACCCGGCCGCCGGAGCAACGGGGUAACAGGGUAACGGGGCAGUGCGGGCCCGGUGGCGGGGCGGAGCGGAGCGGCCAUGGCGGAGGCGGCGGAGCUCGGGUCGGCCCGGCUGCUGGCGGCCGCCUGCCGGGAGCAUGAAGAGGCUUUCUGGGAAGCGCCGGUGCUGGCGGCGUGGGCCCCCGGCAGGGUUAACCUCAUCGGCGAGCACACCGACUACAACUGCGGCUUCGUGCUGCCCAUGGCCCUGCAGCUGGGGACAGUGCUGGUGGGAUCCCCCACAAAGGACGGGACCAUCUCCAUCAUCACCACCUCAGCAGACGCGGACGAGCCCCGCAGGGUGGAGUUCCCGGCUCCCAGCCAAAGCAGCCCCCUGAGCCCGGGGCAGCCACGCUGGGCCAACUAUGUCAAGGGCGUCAUCCAGCACUACAAGGGUGGUCCCGUGCCAGGAUUCAGCGCUGUGAUAGCCAGUGACAUCCCCGUGGGUGGGGGCCUCUCCAGCUCGGCUGCUCUGGAGGUGGCUACUUACACCUUCCUCCAGCAGCUCUGUCCAGAUGACAGUGAUUUGGUAGCCAAGGCGCUGCUGUGCCAGAAAGCGGAGCACACAUUUGCCAACAUGCCUUGCGGGAUCAUGGACCAGUUCAUAUCCGUGAUGGGCAAGGAAGGCCACGCGCUGCUUAUUGACUGCAGGUCCCUGGAGACCGUCCUUGUCCCACUGACCGAUGCCAGCUUGGCUGUUCUCAUCACCAACUCCAACGUGCGGCACACACUGACGGGCAGCGAGUACCCCACGCGCCGGCGGCAGUGCGAGGAGGCAGCGGCAGCACUCGGCAAGGAGAGCCUGCGAGAUGCCACCAUGGCUGAGCUGGAAGCGGCCAAGAGCCGACUGGGCGAGGAGGUGUACCGACGGGCCAGGCACGUCAUCAGCGAGAUAGCACGGACAGAGCAGGCAGCACAAGCACUGAAGAACAGGGACUACAAGACGUUUGGGAAGCUGAUGGUGGGGAGUCACAACUCCCUCAGGGAUGACUAUGAAGUGAGCUGCCCGGAGCUGGAUGAGCUGGUAGCAGCAGCACUGGAGGUCAAGGGGGUUUAUGGCAGCAGGAUGACCGGGGGAGGCUUUGGAGGCUGCACGGUGACGUUGCUGGAGGCUGAGGCUGCAGAGGAGGCCCAGCGCCACAUCCAGGAGAAAUACAGCCGCACAGCCACCUUCUACCUCACCAAACCCUCCGAAGGGGCGAAGGCGCUGCCCCUGUAGAGGAGCGACCUCCCUCCGAGAGACGGCUGCCUUCCUCACCUCACAAGGGAAUCAAUUUACUGCAUCGUUCGCCUAAUAAACACAGAACAGUUGCACAGUCA